CACGCACGCACAGCAAUGGGCAGCAGUACAAAGGAAGCGUGCACUGGAGCGUCACUCUCGUCGCUCGCGAUUUUCCAGUAUAAAAGGAAGUGCCGCUCCCGCUCCCUCUCCGGCCGGCGCACGUCUCGCGGAUGUCCAUGCGCGCAACUUGACUCCCACCACUACCACCAUCCACCGACUGACGACUCCGGCCCACUUGUUCGUCCUCGUCCUCGUCCCCGUCCAGUGCCCCUCCCGUGCGCCGAGGCCGCCACACCCACACGUAUACCCAGGCCGGCCAAAACGAAUCGGGUCCGUCGGACCGGACGGCUUGAGAGCAACCAUGGCCGUCGCGAGGCUGGUGUCCGCCCCGUUCCCUCUCGCCCCGCUCCGCGUCCGGGCCCCCCGCCCGGCCUUGCCCCCCGGCGCGCACGCGGGCCCACGGCCGCCGGUCCUGGCGCUCGCGCCUCCCGCUGCCUCGGCGGCGCCCCGGCGCGCCGUGCCCGCGCGCGCGGCGCCGGAGGACGGCGGCAGAGGGGACGCGGCGGCGGCUGCGGCGCGCGCGGCGCGGAAGCAGUCGGAGCGGCGGACGUACCUCGUGGCGGCCGUCAUGUCCAGCCUCGGGAUCACGUCCAUGGCCGCCGCCGCCGUCUACUACCGCUUCGCAUGGCAAAUGGAGGUACGGGCGGCGGCGCGAUCCCGGUGACGGAGAUGGUCGGCACGUUCGCGCUCUCGGUGGGCGCCGCGGUGGGGAUGGAGUUCUGGGCGCGGUGGGCGCACCGGGCGCUGUGGCACGCGUCGCUGUGGCACAUGCACGAGUCGCACCACCGGGCCCGCGACGACGGGCCCUUCGAGCUCAACGACGUGUUCGCCAUCGUCAACGCCGUCCCGGCCAUGUCCCUCCUCGCCUACGGCUUCUUCAACCGGGGCCUCGUCCCGGGCCUCUGCUUCGGCGCGGGGCUGGGGAUCACGCUCUUCGGGAUGGCCUACAUGUUCGUGCACGACGGCCUCGUCCACCGCCGUUUCCCCGUCGGCCCCAUCGAGAACGUGCCCUACUUCCGGCGUGUCGCCGCAGCCCAUCAGAUACAUCACAUGGACAAGUUCCAGGGCGUGCCAUACGGCCUGUUCCUGGGGCCCAAGGAGCUGAAGGAGGUGGGAGGGACCGAGGAGCUGGAGAAGGAGAUCAAGAGGAGGAUCAGGAGGAGGGAGGCGCUAGACGCCACCCAAUAAGACCUGCUUGCUAUUGCUAUACACACAGUGCUUUGGCUACUGAAUCCCACUGUGUUCUAGCGUUCCCUUUUUUUUUAUGUAGCCUAGAUGUAUAGUAUACGAGUGCUAGCGUGUGCACGUAAAAAACCAGGUUGCGAGGGUCUCAACAGGCGACCUGCAGGACCAGCGUCGUCGUGGCGCUGUUUGUCGUCGCCGGAACAGUGACCGUGCAGCUGCCGCCGCCAGUCGCCGGUGGAACAAGACACGGCACAGCCGAAGCGUGAAGACACAAGACAAGCGGCUGGGGGACCUUCCGAAUCAGGUCCGGGACACGCAUGUGCAUGUGACGAGGGAUCGUCCUCGUGAUACUGUUUCUCCUUUUUUCAUGACGAUGAACAUGGGAUGGGAUGGGAUGGGACGGGACUAUGAAUCUUGUAAAAUUGUCGCAGCCGCUGUCAGAGUCUGCGGCGGAUUGUCGGUCCACCUGGCGUGCUCGGCGCAGGCGGCGGCGGCGGCGAAGAGCUGUGCGGGGAGGCCUCCUCGGAAGGAGUUCAGAACCACAGCCAGCAAGGGGAUUGAAGGCCCGGGACCCAGGUGAUGGUGAUAUGGCUCAAUGGCUGUCGUCAGCCCAUGUGCCCAACCUAAGAAAAUGUGAUAAUGUUAGCAAUUAGUAAGAGGUUAGAAUCAUCAUGUUUUUCUUAUUUCAUUAAAUUGCAUGUAAUAUCAUCAUGUUUUUCUUAUGUGUCAUGUCAUUUAAUGAGGAUAAAACUUCCA